UUAGGUUCUUAGACCAUCGGAGUACUCACCGUUGGGAGCUUUGCCCAAUUACCCAUGUCUGCUCACCGCGAUAGGAACCCUUUUGCCGAGGAAGAUGAUGAUGUCAACCCUUUUUCUAACCCCUCACAUAACUCACACUCAAGGCUACCGGCUCUUCCUCCUGAACCAGUCAGCUACAAUUAUGAUCGCAAUCCAGCCAUUAACAUGUCUCUCGAUAAAGCAACGACUUUGAAGCAGAAAGAGAGAGAACUCCAAGCCAAGGAGGCUGAACUCAAAAUUAGGGAAGAGGAAGUUAAAAAGAAAGAAGAAGCUCUAGCAAAAGCUGGGGUUUUUCUGGAUGUGAGAAAUUGGCCACCAUUUUUCCCAGUCAUUCACCAUGAUAUUGCAAAUGAGAUACCAAAUUAUCUACACCGAAUGCAAUAUGUAGCUUUCUCCACUUUCUUAGGGUUGACCCUGUGUCUUUUCUGGAAUGUCAUUGCUGUUUCCACAGCAAGCAUCAAAGGGAAAGGCGUAAAGAUAUGGCUCAUGGCAGUCAUCUAUUUCAUCAUAGGUGUACCAGGCGCCUAUUUUCUAUGGUAUCGUCCGCUUUAUCGAGCUUGCAGGAAAGACAGUGCGUUUAGGUUUGGAUGGUUUUUCAUGUUUUAUAUGAUACAUAUUUGCUUCUGCAUCUAUGCUUCGAUUGCUCCACCUAUAGUUUACGAUGGAUUAUCAUUCCCGGGAUUCUUGAGUGCAAUAAAUGUUAUGAGCGACAAUGCUUUAGUUGGGAUAUUCUACUUCGUUGGGUUUGGGUUAUUCUGUGUUGAAACACUGUUAAGCAUGUGGGUCCUUCAGAGAAUUUACAGGUAUUUUCGUGGCGCUGGUAAGGCGGCAGAGGGAAAACGUAAUGCUGCAAGAGGAGUCGCCAUGGAAACAAUACGCUAAUAAAUCUAGCAAAGCAAACUCGUCAUCUUCAUUCAUGGCUGCUUGCUUAUAUCACUUUUUGUGUCAAG